GAGCUGAACUGUCAAAGCUCUAUUAAGCUUAUUGAUAACAUUUUAGACUGGGGUGGGAGCAGGAUGCACUGUCAUUUUACACAGAGAUGUCCUAUAAUGGACACCGUAGUAGAGGGCCGGCUCCAGUUGCCCACAUGCUGUAGUUGAGUGGCAGCAGGCUCAGUUCUAGUAACAGCAGCUCGGUGUCAGGUGACUGAGUCACACUGUUUCUCCACACACAGUUUAGAGUGGGGGAGAGCUGUGCUUUCUUGAGGCUGCGCCUGCACUAGAGCUGUCCGGUUCAGAGACAAGUACAGGGCGGUGAGUGACAAUGAACCUGCAAGGGAAAAGCCAUGAGCAACAGCAAGAGGAGGAAGGGGAUGACGAGGAAGAUGAUAUAAUGGGGGUGUCGGAUUAUGAAGAUGGAGACUGCUUCAUGGAUGGGGAGCGAGGAGACGAGGGAGAUGAUGAUGAUGAAGUUUUGGAUUUUACUGAUCCCUUCAGCUCAGAGGUUAAGCCAAGAAUCCUUUUGAUGGGCCUACGUAGAAGUGGCAAAUCUUCAAUUCAAAAGGUGGUCUUUCAUAAAAUGUCACCAAAUGAAACACUCUUCUUAGAAAGCACAAACAAGAUCUGCAGAGAAGAUGUCUCCAAUAGCUCAUUUGUAAACUUUCAGAUUUGGGAUUUCCCAGGGCAGAUUGAUUUCUUCGACCCAACAUUUGACUACGAGAUGAUUUUCAGAGGAACAGGUGCACUUAUAUUUGUCAUUGAUUCACAGGAUGAUUACAUGGAAGCACUGGCAAGAUUACACUUGACCGUGACAAGUGCAUACAAAGUAAACCCUGACAUCAACUUUGAAGUUUUUAUCCAUAAAGUGGAUGGUCUAUCAGAUGAUCAUAAGAUAGAAACGCAAAGAGAUAUCCAUCAGAGAGCAAAUGAUGACCUUGUAGAUGCAGGACUGGAGAAGAUCCAUUUGAGCUUUUAUCUCACCAGCAUAUAUGAUCACUCAAUUUUUGAAGCAUUCAGCAAAGUUGUACAGAAACUAAUUCCACAACUUCCAACCCUAGAGAAUCUUCUGAACAUCUUUAUAUCAAACUCCGGCAUAGAGAAGGUUUUCUUGUUUGACGUGGUCAGUAAAAUCUACAUAGCCACAGACAGCUCUCCAGUGGACAUGCAGACUUACGAACUGUGUUGUGAUAUUAUCGAUGUGGUUAUCGACAUCUCCUGCAUCUAUGGGCUCAAAGGGGCUGGGACUCCAUAUGACAAGGAAUCACUGGCAAUCAUAAAACUAAACAACACUACAGUAUUGUACUUAAAGGAGGUGACAAAGUUCUUAGCCCUUGUUUGCUUUGUACGAGAAGAGAGUUUUGAGAGGAAAGGGUUGAUAGACUACAAUUUCCAUUGCUUUCGAAAGGCUAUUCAGGAGGUGUUUGAAGUGAGGGUGAAAGUACUACGAUCUCGAAAACACCAGAGUCAGACAAAGAAGAGCAGGAGAGCGACUCCCAAUGGAACACUUGGAACACUAGGAGUGCCAUUAUAGGCAUGGAGAGGAGCAGAAUGCAAAUGGUGGAACACAGAACCUACCUUUCUGCAUCUGUCAAGCUCACUUAACAAUUCAGUAUAUUGCUCACCUUUGUCCCGAAAAGAGAAAACUCACAUGAAACUGCAUUGUGCAAGGCCUCUGAACAAAGAAGUAGGGAAUAGGCUUAGUUUAAGUCUCCAGAUAUUGUUACUUGCAAGAAGAACUUUACUUUGCAGUGAAAUCAGUAAUAAACUAACAUUGUUAUUCUCUAGACCGAAAGUUCCACUAAUUGACUAGUCUAUGUUAGCAGUCAUGCUCACAGAAAGCACUGAAGUGGAAUUAAUACAAUUUAUUCUGUAUUUAUUAGAGAGUACAUAUAUAUCUGCUCUACAGUUCUUCUAAUUAGAUAAUAAUCUGACAACCAAAAAUGCAUUCACAAGCAAACUACCACCUAGACUGAUAAUUAUAUAUAUAUUUAAUCAGCCUCCUAGAAUAUAUCUCUUGUGUGCAGCUAGAUUUGGUUGCAACAAAGAGGUCGGGCAUGAAUGCACUUCUGUGGCUUUAGUAACCUCCACAUAUAUUUUAAAGGGGAUUUAAAGGCUUCCAAUUAAUUAAGGGAUUUUAGUAGAAUCGUUAGAAACAAGUAACUUUCCAAUAUACAUGCCUAAUUUUAUUCUUAUUUUUGAAAUAAUCAGUCCAUUUUCCUCUGCAGCCACAGGCAACUGCUUGCUUCCUUUAUGCAGUAACCAGAUCCCUCUCCUACUGCCCAUUUGUGCAGCAGGAGCCAAUCAGAGGCAAGCAAGCUGGUGUAUUCUCUGCUCUGGCUGCAGUGAGAAAUAGGGAAAGCCUGCAACUGCCUAAGAUUCUAGAACAGCUGAAGUAGGGCUGAAUGAGGCUGCCUUUUAGAGAUGAAGACACUGGGUAUUUUAUCUUUACAAAAGUAAGACUAAAGUAAUGCAUGUAUAUUGCAAAUUUGCUUGUUUUUAGGGAUUCUAUUAGAAUCCCUUAUCUUAAUAGGAAGACUUUACAUCUCUUAUCCUCUUUUCAAUAAUUAGCAAUGGCUGCUGCUCAGACCCCAGAGAUGAAUACUUAUGCUAAGCUGCUCCAGGCCUGUGGGAGCAUUUGGAUGGAAUGCUGAACUGUUUGCAAAUAUUACAGUGGCUUCUGUAUAUCUUUUAAUUAUGCAAAUACAAUAGCCUGUUCUAGAAGUAGGAGUAAUAUAACAGAGUUGUGUUUUGACUGCAAAACAACUCUGAGAGAGAUACAUACACUUAUUUAUGUAAACCAAAUGCUCAACAAAAUAUAAGACAUGGUGAAAGCAUUUACUUUCAUAUUUUUUUUUUAACCUUUUAGGGUCUAAAUAUGUUUAUUUAUAAUCCUUAAUUAUAAACUUGGGUGCAAAGAUUACCUAUACGUUUAAUCAUAAAGAAAAACACAACCCUACAGUAGUAUCUGUCAUAUUUAUUAUUUUUAUUUCACUUGCAAAUAUUAUCGAAGUUUCUUGGAAAUUGCACUAUUUUAUAUGGCAGCAUAAGGGAAAAUCCUGCAGUAUAAGGAUGAUCUGCUGGGUUGUGCUCAUCAUUUGGUUUAAUUAAUGAAUGCUGCAUCAAUAGUACCACUUAAUGUAUCUUACAACUAACUGCAGGAAAAGGCAAUAUGGAGAAAUAUAAGAACUGACACUGGUAUUUUUAUGUAAACUCAUGGAUUUUGGUUUAUAACAAAUAUGAAAAGCUUUUAUAUCUUUCCUAAAAUUAAUGUAAAUGUGUUAUUUUCCUGUAAGUGCGUUGAAGCAAUCAAUAAAUCUUUGGCUGAUGCUCUGAAUGUAACAAA